AUGGCAAUUUUCUAUAUUUGUUACUUCGCGUGGCUCUACCCAUCCAUCGCAAAGAAAAGUGGUGUUAAAGAGGUCGCGAUCCGACGUUGUCCUGAUUUUCCACGAACAUGGAACAGUUCAAAGUUCAAAAGCCCUGUUGAAUUGUUCGCUGCAAUUUUCCGCAUGAUUACUGCACAUAGAUUAUAUUACAUUUGCCAUAGUAUGUUAUCGAGAAUGGACGAUGCUGUUGGUGAACUAAUAGAUGCCUUGUCAAGGAAAGACAUGUUGAAAGAUAGUAUAAUCGUAUUUUCCACCGAUAAUGGGGGUCCUGCUGCAGGAUUUAAUAUAAAUGCUGCGUCCAAUUGGCCGCUCAGAGGGGUGAAAAACACAUUAUUCGAAGGUGGAGUAAGAGGUGCAGGACUGAUUUGGUCACCAUUAAUUCAAAAGAAGCAGAGGAUCAGCAAACAAAAAAUGCACAUCAGUGAUUGGAUGCCUACUUUGUUAUCGGCUAUAAAGGCAAAUAUAUCGAUAAAGUAUUUAGAUGGCAUGGAUGUUUGGAGAGCAUUAUCAGAGGACACACAAUCGCCUAGAUCUCAAAUAUUGCUCAAUAUCGACGAUAUAUAUGGAAAUGCCGGGGUUACUGAUGGAAAAUAUAAAUUACUAAAAGGAAAUACAUACAAUGGCGUAUGGGAUAAAUGGUUUGGUCCAUCAGGACGUAACAAAACUUAUGAUGUGGAUUUAGUAUUAAGCAGCAAAGCAGGAAAAGCUUUGGGAAAAAUCGGAUAUGCACCCACACCAGACAAAAUACGGGAAUUGAGAGACGAAGCUGAUGUAAAAUGUCCUGUUCCUGAGUCAGCAACCGUAUGUGACUUGAAGCAUGCUCCUUGUCUGUUUGAUUUGGAAUUGGAUCCUUGUGAAUAUAAUAAUUUAGCUGAUAGUGAACCUGAGCUACUAAAUAAGAUGCUCAAACUACUCAACUCGUAUAAUUUAACAGCCGUUCCUCCGACAAACCUUCCAGAUGAUCGCAGAGCUGAUCCUCGAUUUUGGGACCACACGUGGGCAAAUUUUGGAGAUAUUACAUAUUCACUAAAUUCUAUUCAUUAGGUUUAAUAAAUUUAAUAAAUUUUUAUGUGUUUUAAAAUA